UACUCAAAUAUCAGUUUUUUUUUUUGGUCAUAUGGGUUCAGUUUAUUAAAGCAUAAAAAGCUUUUAUUUAUUUUUUGUAAUAUAAUCAGCACAAUAUUUUGUGCUUUUUCACUUUUGAUUUUGUUGUCUUGUUUCAGCUUAGAAGAAGACAGAGGAGAGCUUUUGUCUUUUUGAUUAGCAAAAUCCAAGAUUGGAGCAAAUUGUAGCAGAAGUUCAGCUCCCCCACUUUCGACUUAUAAUGGGAGGUGUAUUGGGUAAGAAUGAAUCUCCCUCUAGUCCCAAGGCUUCUGUCCCAGAGACUAAGCUUGAGGCCAAAAUAACUGAAGCGAUGUUGCGGAGAGAAACUGAAGGAAGUUCCAUAAGAUCAUUUGAUAGCUUAGUCCUAAAAUUUCCCAAAAUCGAUGAGAACCUGCGAAAAUGCAAAGUUAUAUUCCAGGAAUUUGAUGAAGACAGCAACGGAGCAAUAGACCCGCAGGAGUUGAAACACGCUUUCAAUAAGCUUGAGAUUAAUUUUACUGAUGAAGAAAUCAGCGAUCUAUUUGAAGCCUGUGAUAUUAACGAAGAUAUGGGAAUAGAGUUCAGCGAAUUCAUCGUUCUUCUUUGUCUUGUCUAUCUUCUGAAGGAUGAUCCUUCUGCUCUGCAUGCUAAAUCGCGAAUGGGACUACCAAAUCUGGAGGUAACAUUUGAAACACUUGUUGAUGCUUUUGUGUUUUUGGACAAGAACAAGGAUGGCUAUGUAAGCAGGAAUGAGAUGGUUCAAGCAAUUAAUGAAACUAUAUCUGGAGAAAGGUCUUCUGGUCGAAUAGCAAUGAGAAGAUUUGAAGAAAUGGACUGGGACAAAAAUGGAAUGGUGAACUUCAAAGAGUUUCUUUUUGCCUUUACUCAUUGGGUGGGAAUCGAGGAUAACGAGGAUGAAGAGGGAGAAGAGUCAGCUUGCGCGCACCUUGACUAAUUCCACGGAAAAUCUGCUAUCUCCCACUGACACAGGUACCGAGCAACUCUAUCCACCCACCCUAUUACAACAAAACUCUUCAAACCAUUGGAUUCAUUAGAUCAUCAGAUGAUAUGUCCCACAGAACACAGUCAGAAUUGAACAUAGUUGUUGAUCCAUUUCUUGUUGUUGCUACUAUUUCUUUACCACUAUCCUCACAAUUCUCAUUGCUAAUUUUCUUGUUUUGUUGUUGUUGUUGUAACUCUCCUCCUCCUGCUGUGCAUGUACUUCCACUACACAAACUUUGGUUCCAUGGUGAACCCUCUUCAUCAUUAAGCAAAUUACCAAAAUUAUAGUUACUAAAUCCUGUAUUAUCAUGAAAAUUACUAGAUGUUGCUCCUCCUACACUUGUUUCCCAAUUCUUGUCACUUUCUUUAAUAGCUCUUGAUAAUCCAUACUUAAUUUUCUCAA